GUCUACAACGCCGGCCCGAGCACCCUCCCCGCGGCGUCCGUCACCCUCUCUCUCCCCAGUCGACUGUCGGCCGGCGGCGCCGAGAUGUUCCACGUCCAGGAGGUGCUGGUGGGCCAGGAGAAAGGGAACUGCUCCUUCCAGAGAAACCCGACGCCCUGCAUCGUCCCGCAAGAGCAAGGCAGCAUCUUCCACACGAUCUUCGCUUUCUUCACCAAGUCCGGGAGGAAAGUCCUGGACUGCGGAAACCCGGGAGUCCCCUGCCUGACGAUGCACUGUAACCUCAGUGCUCUGGCGAGAGAGGAGAGCCGUACGAUAGACGUGUUCCUGCUGCUGAACACAGAGGUCCUGAAGAAGGACAGUUCCUCUGUCAUCCAGUUCAUGGCUCCGGCCAAGGUGAAGGUGGACCCUGCCCUGCGCGUGGUGGAGCUAGCUGAUGGGAACCCGGAGGAGAUGAUGGUGGUCUUCGAGGCCCUGCACCACCUGGAGCCCCGUGGCUACGUCGUCGGCUGGAUCAUCGCCAUCAGCCUGCUGGUGGGGAUCCUCAUCUUCCUGCUGCUGGCCGUGCUACUCUGGAAGGUGGGCUUCUUCCGCCGAAGAUACAAAGAGAUCAUCGAGGCCGAGAAGAACCGGAAAGAAAACGAAGGCAGCUGGGACUGGGUACAGAAAAACCAGUGACCCGCCGCACCGGUCAAGGGCCCACUCGCCAGCCUGCCGCCCUCGAUCUUUGUAUCUUCCAUAUUUGGAAGAAAAAAAAAAUGUUCUCCAGAUUUUUCGGAGGCCCCACUGAUGCUGUCCCGUCCUCAUUCUGCGGAGCCCAGGUGCUGGCCUGAGGCGGCCACGGCAGCCAGGCCGCUUGACCGGAGCCACCACCCUGCCUUUGCAAGAUGAACUUGAACUGUGGAGAGCGAGUUACGCGCCUGGAUGCAGCGUGCGCGGUCAACCCUCAGGGGAGAACUAUUGCCUAAAAGUAUUUUUAUAAAUCGAAGCCUUUUAUAUGGAUUAUGUCUAUAUUUGUACCGAUGUUUUAUUAUUUCUAUUAAAUAGCUAUAUAAUUCACUCAAGCACGGAUCUCGGGCCGGAAGUCUUGGCAAACACGGAGGAUGAUCUGUCUGUGCUAUGGGACUUGCUGUUAGAGGACUUGCCGACGGCACAAGCCAAGGAAGCCUGGAGUCCUGGACCCACCGCGCGGUGGUGCUGCGUGCCCGGCGGGGCGGUGCAGAACCCUGGGACUUUGCACGUCCGCAGCCUGCGGUCACGUUCAGAGCCAGGCGCCGCGGAGCCCCAAGUGUCUUCCCCUGUGCACCUCUCCUUGGAAGACUCCCAGCAGGAAUUUGGACAGGAAAUGUGGCUCCCAGCAGCACGUCUGCUCUGCAUCGCAUCUCCUCCUCCUCCUCCUCCUCCAACUUGAUGGAUUUUUGGAACAACCCACAAGGGUCAUCUGGUCAACCUCAGAAUGGCACCUGACCCAGGACACCUUCCAUCAGGACUCCUAUGUCACAAGGACUCAGCGUGCUCUGAGCGGACUUGCGUCUGCCUGCAGCAGGACGUGGUCGGCGGUCAUUUUCACUCAGAGAUCUCUGUCCCCCCCCCCCCCCCCGCCAGGCUUGCUGUCCCGGAGCAGGGUCAUUGCAGACCCCUCCCCAGUGACGAAUGUUCAACUCGUCUUUUUUUUUUUUUUUUUUUUUUUCGGUCUUGGGUAGGGAUCCCAGAAGCAGACCCUGAAACAAGGAUUUGUGUGCAAGUAACUUAUUCAGGAAGUGUUCUCAGGGGUGCCAGGUCAGGGGUGGGGGGUGGGGGGGCAGGACAGGGAAGGAGAGAGCGCGGGCAGAGGUGCCCUUACAGGGAGGGCCCACAGGGGCGGCUUCUGCUCCAUCAGGGCUGCUCUGGGAGUGGGGGUGGGGGUGGGGGGACGUGGGCCCCACGCCUGUCCCAGCCGGAAGCAGGGCCCCCAGGGCUGUGUUCCUGCACCCAAGGGAGGUGUGGGUCUUCUGCUCACAGCCCCUGCUUGGCAAAAUGGCUCCAGUGAAGUGGGGGGCAGGGCCCUAAGGGAAAGCCACAGGUGGUGCCUCUACCUGGGGACGCAGAGAGACCCGGCCCAGCACUGACUGCCCCCCCCCACACGUGUGGAGCUGAGCUGCAGCCGCCAGUGCUGUCUGUGCCACACCCGGUUCUGAGUGCAGCGUGGUUGUCUGGCAGGCAGGGAGGCGGUGGGUAGCUGGCGUGCUCAGCCCGACGGAGGCCCCGGGCACACACUCAGGAGCUGUUGGUGGACAUGGCCAGCAUUCCCGCUGCUAGAACCCUCACUAAGAAAACGCGGGGCUGACAGCGAGUCCCAGUGGCUGAUCAAGCCCCGGCCCCGUACUGAUGGCCUCGAGUGGGAGCGAAACGGUGUAGCACGCAAGGAUCUUAGAGGCCUCGCUUGCUGGGAGCUGACACGUCAGGGGUCUGCGCAUCGCUGGGAGGACACACAUUCAGCAUCGGGCAGACGGGUGCUCUCUGCACCUGCUCGGCUGACUUGCAGACACAGCUGAAGUCUGGGCAAAGAUGGCGAGAGUCCUGAGCAGGCGGAGGUGUGGGGCGUGUGUGUGUCCUUGGCUUCUUGCUGCCCUGCCGCCGCCCAGCUGCGGGCAGGCAUUGAGUGUGCCCUGCUCCCCGUCCUGGUGAGCUGGGGGAGAGACAGCACAAAGCUGUGGACUCAGCUGACCCUCGCACUCGGGGGCUGCUGCUCACGGCGGGGCUCAGAGGUAGCGCCAGGGCCGUGCUGCGCCACGAACGAGCGCUCAUUUGUGGGUUUGGUCAAAGCAAGAAGCAAAGCAGUCGUGGGUGGGUUUUGGUUUAACAGCCGUGCAAGGCCCCCGCUGUGUGCCGGGCAUCGCGCCAGGUCAGGAGCUUCCCCGGGAAGACCCCAAGGGCUCUGUGCCCCGAGGUGGCCAGCCCUUCCGCUUUGGCGUGUGGAGUGGGCAUUUGGGACCCCACUCACUGCUCCCCCUUGAUGGAUGGCGUCUGGCAAACUGUUUCCCUUUCGUAAAUCACUUGGGAUUCUUGGGUGUUGGGCCUGGGGCAGCUGCACCCACAGCUCUGGCCGCGCGCCUGUGGAACCUCUGACCAGCGUCCUCCAGGGUGCGGGCACCUUGCUACAGCGUCGAAGGGUGAGCCCAGGCCCUCGGUGCUGCUGCUGGAGACCAGAGCCCCACUUUAGGACCGGAGGCCUGCCGUGGGCACCUCACAGAGCAAGACCCCACUUGCUACUGCUUGAUUCCAAAGGGUGGAACCACACACGUUGUGACCUACCCGGGAGGUCCCUCGGAGUCUUAAGGUAGUGGUCACAGGAAUGGCCCUGCGUCACGAGGAGUGGAUGCUGGCAGCCAGCCCAGGCGUCUGUGUGGGGAAGGCUGGUGCCGCCUCUCGUCCGAUCCUGCUGAGCAGCACGCGGGGUGAGAGCUGACACAGGCCGAGCUGUGGUUAGAGCUCUCGCUGCGGGCAGUUCGCCGGCCCCACCCCCGGCAGGAGGCCCUCGGGGAAGCAGACCGGGUGGGGCCGUGCGUCUGUCCGCCUCUCCAGGAUAUUCCUGUGAGUCUCACCGCGUGUUCCCGCUCUGCAGGCUCACUGUAGGGUCCUGUCACGUCUCUCUCCGGUCUGCUUCAGCUGUCAGCCGCGUGUUCACUGUGCACCCCGCCGUCGGCAGGUGCAGAGCCUCGGGAGGUGGCCGAGGGUCUUAGCAGCAGCCGAGCCGCACAGUGGCCCCUUUGCAGAAAUGGUUCCCUGUGCUCAGCGCCUGUAGGCCGUGAGAGUCUGUGGGGCCUGGGCCUGUCCCAGAGACAGGGCUGUGAAGUUCAGGAGCGCGGGGGUGUCUGCAGGCACCAACGGGCCCACAAGGCUUCCCCGGGCCAUCUUCCAGGAGACAUCUGUGGGCAUCGCCGGGACUCAGAGGUCUGGCAGACGUUGUAAGCCAUCCAGCAGUUCACCUGCACCAAACUGGGUAAAGUCAACGGCAAGAAGGUGAGACAGAGGCCAUGAGCGGUCCUGGGACACGUGGGCCUCCUGGGAGAGCGGGGACAGAUCCCGCACCUGGCCUCCGUGCCGUGCUACUGCGGGCUCCUGCGGGAGACAUCCGUGAGAGGCGAUUCUUGGCUUAUUUGGGGGCGUAAGGCCGAUGGCCAGUGAACACAAGUAUGCUGGGUCCCCCAUGCCACGUACACCUUGGUGCCCCACAGGCCCCGGUCAGACUCCCAGAAUGCCGAGGGUGUGUGCCAGGGCUGUGGCUGCUGUGUUGCGCUGUAGGGCAGUGACGUCCACAGUGGAGCGUGCUUUGGAAGCCCAGACUGGCUGGGGGGAGGGUACGGAGCCAGGAGGCCAGCCAGGCACCCAAUCAGGCCGGGGGGGCGGGGCGGGGCGCGUUCCCAACGUGUGCAGCGCUGGUCGGCGUGGCGAUCGCGGGUUCAGGCUCUGUUCAGGGCCGUCUUGUUUUGCUGUGUUUUGGUUUUCGUGAUGUGCGCGGUGUGAGAGCGGAGGGUUGCAUGGCAGGUCCCCACUCUGCGUGCGCUUCGGCACCCCGUUUCUGUUGAGGAGUUGGGUGGCACGGGGGGCGCUCCUCAUAAGGGCUCGUGUAUUAAAGUCUAUGCAGUCACUUGUACUUCACCUGCACUGUGUGGGAAUGCCAGGUUUACCAAAAUACAUGUUUGGAAUAAAAAAAAAUGGCUGCAGAUGA